AUGGAUACCUAUCACGGUCACGUACGCACUCCUGCAGAUGCGAUUAAAUUAUUCGAAGCUUGUCGACUUGGUCUAUUACCUCGAGUACAAAGAAGAUUGUCGGAGAAGGAAAGACAAUCAAUAAAAUCUGGAUCAGUAUUUGUGUGGGAUGAAAGGGAAGCAGGAAUGCGAAGAUGGACUGAUGGGAAAUCAUGGAGCGCAAGCAGAGUAUCCGGCAGCUUUUUAACAUAUCGUGAGAUGGAGGGAAAGAGAGGAGGAGGUCAAUUCGUACCACCACCAGCUCGACGAAUGGCAGGAAAGACACCGGAUAGUGGAAAGGGUAGUGAUGAGGAUCAAGAUAUGGAUGGAGAUGGACCAGAUGGGUACAGAUACAAACCGGAUGGAUUAAUGAAACAAUCAUUCAGUAUUAUAACCUCCACUGGGCAACAUCUCCAUUUAAUCAGCUACUACUCUCGACCUCAUCCAAACAGUCCCGAACUUCCACAGCCUACAACUGAUCCUCAACUUCGCGGAAUUGUCCCGAUCAAAGGAAUGUACCCAGAAUCGACAGUUCAUGAAGCUCAAGGUCCAGCUGUCACGAGAGCUCCAAUGCAACAAGGUCCCUACAUGCAUCAAUCUCAACAUAGAGUUCCAUAUGGAUAUUCCCCAGGAUACGGAGCAUGGCCCCCAUCUCCAGUUUCCACUCCGCCAUAUCCUCAUCAUCAACAGAUGUAUUCAUCGCAACUUCCUCCACCACCACCUGGGUCAAUGCAUCCUUCACCCUACCACAUGCCACAAGGACCUCCACAUACAUCACCGUAUCAACAACAUCAAUAUAGUCCUCAUCACCGCCCCGGUCAUACUUCAACUACCAUGGCACAUGGUCCAUCACAAUCGACGAUCUAUGACCGACCUCCACCACCUCUAUCAAAUUCUUCCUUGCCUCCUCCACCUCCCCACAGCUACCAAAACGGUGCCCCUCAACAAAUUCACCCAGGUUAUCAGCCACAUCAACACCAACAUCCCAGUCCUCGUGCUGAACAUGUAGCUAGGAUGCAGGCAGAAGAACAUGCGUUGAUGGCACAGAAAGCUUUACAAACCGGAAUGAUUGAUCCUAGAUUGGCACAAUCAGCACCACUUGCACCAGUCAAUAUCCAUACAAAUGGUACCCAUAGAACAACUCCACCACCGCAACAGAAGAGUACUUCCCCAGCUCAUACACCAAAGAGCCUUCAUGACCAAGCAGCUACUUCUCCAAAGGGAACACCAAAUGGCAUGGGUAAAUCUGAAGCUCAAACAAUACCAUCAAUCUCAAGUCUUGUUCAUCCAUCAGACUCAACAAGUGUUCUAGCAGAUAAUAAAUCGAACAGUAGCAAUAACUCAAGAGCCGGUUCAAAUAGUCCAAGACAAAGAGAAUUUGGUGAAGCAAAGUCAGAAGAGGAAAAGAAAGCAUCUGGUGUUACACCUGUUGCAUCAGAUAUGCCACAUGGAAAUUUAAGCGCAGCACCAGCAAGUAAAGCGGAAGAUCAAAGAGCGAUUAGGGUAUUAGAUCGAAAAUUCAUGAUCUAA